AUGACCAUCAUUGUAGGUAUUAUAUGUUUUGUGAUAUUCCAGGUCAUCAUAAUAUGCUUUUUAAUAUUUAUAAUAUCUUACAAUGGUAACAUUUUUGUAAAAUCCGGCGAGGCCGCUCCAUCUAGAACACAGCAGGGCACGAACUCAAUCCCCGCCGAGUCUAGUCACGUAGACUCGAGACCCCCUGACCCUAAACCCGCAGAACCUAGUCCGGAACCUAAUCCAGAACCUACUUCAGCACAUUAUGUUUCUCAAGGUUCUACUCCCACGGACACAACACCCCCGAGUUUUAUGCCUGGUGGAUUUAAACUCCCAGAGUUUACAAAUCCAGCCAGUUCAGAAUAUCGCAGAUUAUUAGAUUUAAGUUGCAAUGAGCUCAAAAACUUGCAGCAGUUGGUUGCCAACCAUGAGUUUGAGAUUUUAAAGCUUAAUAGGCUAAUUGGUUUAAAUGAACAGAAAGAAAAGCUAAGAACGUUGGAUGAUCUUAUUGCAAACGCUUGCGCUUCUCCGGCCGAUUGUGAUAAAUCAGCUAGUUCUACAUCUCAGUCGUCCAAGAAUGAUGCAUCCUGUUCUACUGAUGUUUUUGCCAGAAAUGAUGCUUCUAGUGCUACUGAUCCUACUACCCAAAGAGAUGCUGGUGUUUCCACUGACAUCUCCUUCAGAAAAGAUGCAUCCAGCUGUACUGAAGUUUCAGUCAGAAAAGAUGCAUCCAGCUCUAUUGAAGUAUCACCCAAAAGAGAUGCCUCUAGUGCUACUGAUGUUACUUCCAAAAGAGAUACCUCUAGUGCUACUGAUGCUACUUCCAAAAGAGAUGCUGGUGUUUCCACUGACAUCUCCUUCAGAAAAGAUGCAUCCAGCUGUACUGAAGUUUCAGUCAGAAAAGAUGCAUCCAGCUCUAUUGAAGUAUCACCCAAAAGAGAUGCCUCUAGUGCUACUGAUGUUACUUCCAAAAGAGAUACCUCUAGUGCUACUGAUGUUACUCUUAAAAGAGAUGCCGGUGUUUUCACUGAAAUAUCACCCAAAAGAGAUACUUCUAGUACUACUGAUGUUACUUCCAAAAGAGAUACCUCUAGUGCUACUGAUGCUACUUCCAAAAGAGAUGCCUGUGUUUUCACUGAAAUUUCACCCAAAAGAAAUACUUCUAGUGCUACCGAAGUUUUAGCCAGAAAAGAUGCCGCCGUUUGCACUGAAUUUUCCAUCAGAAAAAAUGUAGCUAGUUCUACUGAACCACCUAACAGGAAAGAUGCCUCUAGUGCUACUGAAACACCUUGCAGAAGUGAUGCCUCUAGUUAUACUGAAGUUCCUUCUCGAAAAGACGUUGCCUCUUCCACUGAAGUAUCAUCCAAAAGAGAUGUCUCUUGCGCUACUGACAUCGCUUUUAGGAAGGAUGCCUCUAGUUCUACUGAACGUUCUAUUAGAAAUGCGGCUAGCUCUACCGACGUUUCUGUUAGGAAGGAUGCAUCCAGUUCCACUGAAGUUGUAUCUAGAAAAAACGCAUUCAGUUCUACCGAACGUUCUAUUAGAAAUGUAGCCUGUUCUACUGACGUUACUAUGAGAAGAAAUGCAUAUAGUUCUACUGAAGAUUUAACACCCGUUGCAAGUUUUAGUGUGGUUACUGAGAAGCCUGUGAGCGCCCUAGAGCCACAAACAGCCACGACGUUUACACAGCCGGAGAAGCCUGUUAUACAGGUUUCUGUGCCUGUGGUACAAGACUCAGUUCCACCUAUUGUAGUUCCUAGAGCGCAAGACGCACAAGUGACAGUGACAGUACCAGUUCAGCCUAAGGAAGCAAAAGAAUCUCAGCCCAAUGUAACUUCCAAAGAAGCUCCCAAGGAAGGACCUAAACCUUCCCACGUUUUACAGACUCCUUCAGAAGAGCUUAAAGAGCCUCAGCAGAAGCCUUCUGAAGCUAAAGCAGCUCCUACUCCUCUAGCUUCAGGCCUUAAAACGCCAGCUUCCCCUGAUCACGAGCAUGUUGCAGCUCAGGCUAAAGAAGCAGUCCUUCCUGUUUCUGAAGCCGCAGCUCCAGCUUCGAAGCAGGCAGAAACCCCGGUACCUAAGGUUGCUUUACCUAAACAAGUUCCAGAGGCACCCAAAUCAGCAGUUCCUAAACCUGCUCAGCCCAAGGAGAAUAUACAGUCUCUCCCUAAAGCUGCACACCCUAUGGAGUUUCCUUCCGCUGAAGCUUCUAAGGAAGAAACUAAAGUUGCUCAACCUAAAGCUGCCCAACCCAAACCAAUUAAGACUGAGCCUCCAAAGACUCAGCCAUCCGAGCCUCAGCCAACCGAAUCUGAACCCACCAAAGUUGAAACAGCCAUUUCCGAACCUGUUGUACCACAAACACCUCAACUGAUCAGUCCCGAACCACCUGUGGCUCAACCAAGUAUGACCGAAGAUGCUUCCAGCAACCUGAGAGGUAUAGGCACAGAAGAAACUACACCCGUUGUUUCAGUUCCACUGAUAGUUCCAUUGCAGCCAGAAUUUGAAAUUAAGACUCCUGUUGAAGGUGAGUCCAGUUCUUCAACUCCUUCCGAGUCCGAAAUCACUGAUUCUACAGCUUUGAAUGAGGAGAGAGUCGUAAGUGAUAAAGUUGAUGGUUUAGCCAGUAUUAGUACAGGAAGGCGCGAAUCGUAUGAAUCUACUGAAUCAGGCACUGACUCCUACACAAGUGACGGCACUUCAUUCCGUAUUGAUACAGCUGACAUUGAGUCUAUUAGUUCCGGUAAAGUUGAAAAUGAGAUUAUCCCAGGUGAUUCAGUUGAGGAAAAGAUUGAUAAUUAUGACGAACUAAUCUCUCUUUUAAUUUCUGAACCUGUGAAACAAGAUGAGUCCUCUGAAAUAGCCGAGAGUAAACCGAUUGAAUCACUUAUGCCUGAAGAACAAUCUAUUCAGCCAUCUGCCGAAUCUGUUAUUUCCAGUUUACCUGAACAGAAAACAGUUCAAAGCUCUGAUGUUGAGGAUUUCAGCAAACCAGAGGAGUCUUCAUUGCCUUCAACUGAACAUACACCAGCACCUGUGUCUGAUGAUCUGACAAAAACAGACGAUGUGGAUAAGGCAGAGACCGAAACACCUGUAAUUCAUCCAGCACAACCUGAGACUGCACCCGAAUCGGUACCUGAGAUUAAAGAACCUGCGGAAUCACAGAUUGUACAGGUAUCUGUACUUCAACCUGUAACAGAACCUGUAUCCGUUACUGAGGAGACUACUGAACCUCAAACAGCACCACCUCCUACUGUAACUGGAGGAGCUGAUGAAUCUGAAUCAACUGAUCAAGAUACAACACCUGUUUUGACUUCAGCUACUCAGGAUCAAACAUCUAGUGUUACAUUAACUUCAGCUACUGACUCUCAACCAACAUCUGUUUCUGUAAUUUCUGAAGCUAAAGAAGAAUUAGAACAACAAACUAAAGAAUCACAACAACCAGACGCUUCUAAGACUGAGGAACCGGUUAAAGAAUCACAACAACCAGACGCUUCUAAGACUGAGGAACCGGUUAAAGAAUCAGAACAACAAACUAAAAAAUCAGAACAACAAGCUGAUGAAACCAAGUCUGAACAGCCUAAAGAAUCACAACAACCAGACGCUUCUAAGACUGAGGAACCAACUAAAAAAUCCGAAGCUGCUCCUACUCACACUCCCACUACACCUGCCCAGCAGUCGAACCCUAAGCUGUACACAACAGAUCCCAACGACAACACCAAGUUUGUUGAACUCGCCACCAAUGCCUACAGUGUGACUCAGAAUGGCGAUAUCACCACUUUCACCAUUGGUGACUCCGCCAACUGCACCAAGCUGACGUUCGAAAACGUUUUGAUGUGGCAGUACGAUUCCAGUAAACGUGGCGGCUUAUACCCCAAGACACUGGAUUACAACCAGUCAAGCAACGUCCUGGUUCUCAAAUUCGAAGGCUUUGAGAUAACGUUUGAAAAGGAGAAUGGAAACUGGGUGUACACCGAGGCCGAUACGUCAAAGGCUGCUAAACAAGCACAACCUGCUAAACAAGCACAAGAAUCACAACAACCAGACGCUUCCAAGUCUGAGGAACCACCUAAAGAAUCACAACAACCAGACUCUACUAUGUCUGAGGAACCUGUUAAGGUUGACGAUUCUUCAGAGCCGGCUAAAGAGGCCGAUACGUCAGGACAGCCGCAAGACCAGCUACCUGUUACUGACCCAGGUGUAACUGCUUCUGUUCCAGAGGUAACUUCUCAGCCACAAGUCGAAAUAACUGCCACUGUUCCUGAGGUAGCCGGCCAACCAUCUACGACUGUACCAGAGGUAACUGGUCAACCGACGACACUAACAGAACAGCCAAAAGAAGAAACUAAACCAGUUGCUGAACCUGCACAACCAUCAGAGGAAGCUGAGCCAGUUCCUGUUACUGUGCCCGAACAAUUACCGGCACAACCGACGACAAUUCCAGAUCAAUCCGCGCCACCUGAUCCUAAAGAAGAAAUAGCCAAGCCGCAUGAAGAAUCUAAGCCAAUGAAAGAAACAGCUCCAGAAGUAGCUUCACAACCACCUUCAGGUGCCACUGAAGAUAAAACAGCUGACGUCGAUUCUGCUGAUGUAGGUCAGGAUUUCACUCUCGUUAUAGAUGCUACUGAUCAUGAUGCGACUAAGUACGUUGUCACAGUAAGAGAUGCUAAUACCACUGAGUAUACUAUUAAGAACGGAAAUAAUUGUGUCGAAGUUCAAUUUAAUGGAAAACAGGUUUGGAAAUAUGAUAGUAGCGAUGCCAACGCUAAAUAUCCUGCUUCGAUGAAGUAUGAUAGUAAGAGGAAAAGGGUUCGAAUUAAUUUCGGAACUGAGAUUGAAAGCUUUUCAACUAAAUGA